AUGACGACCGAGGAGGAGGGUCCCGCUGCAGUGGGUGUGUCCUCUCUGGGGGCGGGGCCAUGUGAGGAGGACUGUGGUCCUGUCCAAGCAGGUGCAGGCCCAGUUAAGGAGGAUGAAGGGCCAUUGGAGGAAGAAGAAGUGGGGCGGGAGAUGGAGGAGGAUGAGGUCAGCAGUGAACUGAGUGCUCUGGUGAUCCCUUAUCCAGAACUGGCACCUGUGGUCUUCUUCUGUCUCAAACAGACCACUUACCCCCGCAGCUGGUGCAUCCACAUGGUCUCCAGCCCAUGGUUUGAGAGGGUGAGUAUGAUGGUAAUCCUGCUUAACUGCGUGACACUUGGGAUGUAUCAACCCUGUGAAAACAUAGACUGCUCCUCUGACCGCUGCCAGGUACUGCAGGCCUUCGAUGCCUUCAUCUAUAUCUUCUUUGCGGUGGAGAUGGUGGUGAAGAUGGUAGCUCUAGGAAUCUUCGGCCGCCGUUGUUACCUGGGCGACACGUGGAACAGGCUGGAUUUCUUCAUAGUCAUGGCAGGAGUGGUGGAAUAUUCCCUGGACCUCCAGAACAUCAAUUUCACCGCCAUCCGGACGGUGCGGGUUCUGCGGCCACUCAAAGCCAUUAACAGAGUGCCCAGCAUGCGUAUCCUGGUGAAUCUCUUGCUGGACACUCUCCCCAUGCUGGGUAACGUCCUCCUUCUCUGUUUCUUUGUCUUCUUCAUCUUCGGCAUCAUCGGCGUGCAGCUGUGGGCCGGACUGUUGCGUAACCGCUGUUACCCGGAGGAGAACUUCACUCUAUCCAAGGGAGUCACCCUUCCUGCCCCUUACUACAUGCCAGACGAGGAUGACGAAAGACCCUUCAUCUGCUCGCUGGCGGCCGAUAACGGGAUCAUGUCAUGCCAGGACGUUCCGGCUCGACGGGAGGGGGGGCGGGAAUGCUGUUUGGACAUGGAAGACGUCCAGUAUCGCCAGUCCCUGGGCCUAAGCCCCGAACCUUUAGUUAAUGGUAGCGCCAGUGUAGUGGGCCUCUGUGUUAACUGGAACCAGUAUUACACACGGUGUCAGACGGGCCACAGUAACCCGCAUAAAGGAGCUAUCAACUUUGACAACAUCGGCUAUGCCUGGAUUGUCAUCUUUCAGGUGAUCACUCUGGAAGGCUGGGUGGAGAUUAUGUACUAUGUGAUGGAUGCUCACUCAUUCUACAACUUCAUUUACUUCAUUCUGCUGAUCAUAGUUGGCUCUUUCUUCAUGAUCAAUCUAUGCCUGGUGGUGAUAGCCACCCAGUUCUCGGAGACUAAACAGCGGGAGCAUCAGCUGAUGCAGGAGCAGCGGGCUCAGUGUCUGUCCUCCAGCACGCUGGCCUCCAUGGCCGAGCCGGGCGACUGUUACGAGGAGCUCUUCCAGCUGGUGUGUCACGUCUUACGCAAGGCCCGCAGACGCUCCGCCGCUCUCUACAGAGCCAUCCGCGGCAAGCCGCGGGCGCAGCCGCCGGCCAGGCCCAGGGCGAGCGCCGGAACGGGGGGAGAGGGGGCGGGGGUCAGGCCGGGAGAAAGACCCAACCUGAACGGAGGAGAUCGCUGCCAGCAGCAGCAACUGCAGCAACGCUAUCAGGCUUCUCAUUGUCCACACCAUUUCAAAUCUGACCACACCUCUUUGGAAGGGCCUACUGCCCUUACAGUGUCCCCCAACCCUGAAGACUGCCCUCAGUGCAACACGCCUCUGUCACUCACCGAUGGGGAGGGACCUGUUGGUACCUCAGCCAAUGAGGAGGCAGAGGAGGGUGCAGUGGAAGAGACAGACAGGGAAGGCACCCAUACAGAAGGCAAUAGAGAGGACAGACAUGGAGAGGACAGAAGGGCUUGUCAAGGCCAAUGUAAGGAUCUCUGGACAGAGAUGAGGAUUAAAUUAUGGGGAAUCGUAGAGAGCAAAUACUUCAACAGAGGAAUUAUGAUUGCCAUUCUCAUCAAUACUAUCAGUAUGGGCAUCGAACAUCAUGAACAGCCAGAAGAGUUGACCAAUGUGUUGGAAAUCUGUAAUAUUGUUUUCACCAGUAUGUUUGCCUUGGAGAUGAUCCUUAAGCUCACUGCCUUUGGCUGCUUUAACUACCUACGUAACCCCUACAACAUCUUCGACGGCAUCAUCGUCAUCAUCAGUGUGUGUGAGAUUAUAGGGCAGUCGGAUGGCGGUUUGUCGGUGUUGAGAACCUUCCGGUUGCUGAGGGUGCUGAAGCUGGUGCGUUUUAUGCCCGCUCUGCGCAGACAGCUGGUGGUCCUGAUGAAGACUAUGGACAACGUGGCCACCUUCUGCAUGCUCCUUAUGCUCUUCAUCUUCAUCUUCAGUAUUUUGGGAAUGCAUAUAUUUGGCUGUAAGUUCAGCCUGAAGACGGAGGCGGGAGACACUGUACCCGACAGGAAGAACUUUGACUCUUUGUUGUGGGCCAUUGUUACUGUUUUUCAGAUCCUGACUCAGGAGGACUGGAACGUGGUGUUGUAUAACGGUAUGGCCUCCACCUCUCCUCUGGCUGCUCUCUACUUUGUCGCCCUUAUGACCUUUGGGAACUACGUCCUUUUCAACCUGCUGGUGGCCAUCCUGGUCGAGGGGUUUCAGGCUGAGGGGGAUGCCAACCGUUCGUAUUCAGACGAUGACAGAUCCUCCUCAAACUUUGAUGAGAGCGAGAAACAUAAAGACUCUCUCCAGCUGUCUGAUCCUAAACUCUGUACCUUGACCCCAAACGGACACCUGGAGCUGACGUCACUGGCCGCCGUGAGGGGGGCGUACCCCGGUGAGAGACACGGUUUUGCGGAGGAGUCCAGGAAGAGCAGCGUGAUCAGUCUGGGUAAAGCCGGCCUGGAACGCCGAUCCAUGUCCUUGCGGCAUGGCCGCACUUCCCAUUACCACCACUGGGGGCGUCAUCCACCUCAGCCCACCUGGAGCCGGAGGUCCAGCUGGAACAGCUUGGGCCGUGGACCCAGGGGCCUGGCGGUAGUAGGGGGGGGCAGCCUCCGUGUCCGCAGCCCCCACUCGCACCCGGCCGAGCACGAGGCCCUCCUGUCCCCCCCCCAGCUGGCCCAUCCUCCGCCCCUCCUGUCCCGUCGCUUCCCACCGCGGCGUGACCGUCGGGCGCUGUCCCUGGAGCUCCCCGAGCUCCUCCAGCUGCCGGGGCCCACGCCGCAGCAUCAGCGCCCCUCUCUCCUCCGUAAGAAGAGUUUCUCUGGGGAGCGGCCGGGCGGAGACCACCAGGACUGUAACGGUAAAGCUCCAGGUCCUCAGGCACCCCUGCUGGGGGAGGUUUAUCCCCAGCUCAACACCCGGAAGGACAGAGCCGAACUGGAUGAGGAGACCGACUAUAGUCUGUGUUUUCGGAUCCAAAAGAUGAUCGAAGUUUAUCGACCAGACUGGUGUGAGACACGGGAGGACUGGUCCGUCUACCUCUUUUCCCCCCAAAACAAAUUUCGGGUAAUGUGUCAGUCCAUCAUCGCUCACAAGCUCUUUGAUUACGUGGUGUUAGCUUUCAUCUUCCUGAACUGUAUCACUGUGGCUCUGGAAAGGCCUAAAAUCCACCAGGGCAGUCUGGAAAGGGUCUUCCUUACCAUCUCCAACUACAUUUUCACUGCCAUCUUUGUAGCAGAGAUGACUGUGAAGGUGGUCUCCAUGGGUCUGUAUCUUGGAGAGCGGGCGUACUUGCGCAGUAGCUGGAACAUUCUGGAUGGAUUCCUGGUCUUUGUCUCCCUCAUUGACAUUGUGGUGUCCAUGGCCGGAGGUGCAAAGAUCCUAGGAGUGCUACGUGUCCUCAGGUUGCUAAGAACUCUACGCCCUCUCAGGGUUAUAAGUCGUGCUCCGGGGCUGAAGUUAGUGGUGGAGACCCUGAUCACUUCGCUCAAGCCCAUCGGAAACAUUGUCCUCAUUUGUUGUGCUUUCUUCAUCAUUUUUGGCAUCCUGGGCGUACAGCUUUUCAAAGGAAAAUUCUAUUACUGUGUUGGUCUGGAUGUGAAGAACAUUACCAAUAAGUCAGAUUGUCUCUCAGCCAAUUACAAGUGGGUCCAUCACAAGUACAACUUUGACAACCUUGGGCAGGCACUCAUGUCCCUGUUUGUGCUGGCUUCCAAAGACGGCUGGGUUAAUAUCAUGUACCACGGUUUGGAUGCAGUGGGCAUAGACCAGCAGCCCGUCAUCAACAACAACCCAUGGAUGCUCCUCUACUUCAUCUCCUUCCUCCUCAUCGUCAGCUUCUUCGUGCUCAACAUGUUUGUGGGUGUGGUGGUGGAGAACUUCCAUAAGUGCAGGCAGCACCAGGAGGUGGAGGAGGCCAAAAGAAGGGAGGAGAAGAGACUGCGUCGUAUGGAGAAAAAGAGACGGAAGGCCCAGAAGCUGCCGUACUACGCCAGCUACGGCCACGUGCGACUAAUGAUCCACUCCCUCUGCACCAGCCACUAUUUGGACCUCUUCAUCACCCUCAUUAUCUGCAUCAACGUUGUCACCAUGUCCCUGGAGCACUACAAUCAGCCGCAGUCUCUGGAGACGGCUCUGAAGUACUGUAAUUACUUCUUCAGUACCACCUUUGUGGUGGAGGCUGCCUUGAAGCUCAUUGCCUUUGGUUUUCGACGUUUCUUCAAAGACAGGUGGAACCAGCUGGAUCUGGCCAUUGUGUUACUGUCUGUGAUGGGCAUCACCCUGGAGGAGAUCGAAAUUAACGCCUCUCUACCCAUAAACCCCACCAUCAUCCGCAUCAUGAGGGUCCUUCGCAUAGCCCGCGUGCUCAAGUUGCUGAAGAUGGCCACCGGGAUGCGUGCUUUGUUGGACACGGUCGUUCAGGCUCUUCCACAGGUGGGAAACCUGGGUCUCCUCUUCAUGUUGUUGUUCUUCAUCUAUGCUGCACUGGGAGUUGAGCUGUUUGGGGAACUGGUGUGUAAUGAGGAUUACCCCUGUGAGGGCAUGAGUCGACAUGCCACCUUUGAGAACUUUGGUAUGGCUUUCCUCACCCUCUUUCAAGUCUCCACCGGUGACAACUGGAACGGCAUCAUGAAGGAUACCCUACGGGAAUGCCCUCCGGGAGAAUACACCUGCAACCCCAGCCUGCAGUUCAUCUCGCCGUUGUACUUUGUUAGCUUUGUGCUAACCGCCCAGUUUGUCCUUAUCAACGUGGUGGUGGCUGUUCUAAUGAAGCACUUGGACGAUUCCAACAAGGAGGCACAGGAAGACGCGGAGAUGGACGCAGAAAUUGAACUGGAGUUAGCCCAAGGCGGCCUUUGCUGUCUGGGGGGGUUGGGGAGCGUCGUAGGUGGGAGCAGCGGAGCUGACCGAGGAGUGACCGACUGCGGGAGCCGGCACGGCCAGGGUGUGGUCACUCCUCACAGGGGAGCCCAUGAGUCGCACAACCCAAGGCGGCUCUAUUCACCAGCCCAGGAAAACCAGUGGCUAGACAGCGUCUCUCUCCUUAUUAAAGACUCUCUGGAAGGAGAAAUGCAGAUGAUUGACAACCUCUCAGGCUCAGUCUUCCAUCACUACUCCUCUCCACCCAUCUGCAAAGACUGCAGGUGUCAUCCGCAAGAGAUCCGACUGGCUGAGAUGGAGCAGGCGUCCCUGAUGUCAGAGCAGCUCUCUGAUAAAUCUUCGUCGUUGGCAUUACCUGAUGACCUUAGUCUGGAUGACCAUAGUGUGUUUCAGUUGCUGGUGAGGGACAGUAAGGAGGAGAGGGGAAGCAGUGAAUCCCAUAGUUCAGAAGAGCUAAGGCCCACCCAGGCUGACUGUAGAGGUUCUUGCCCCCACAGUCGAACCCCCAGCAUGGGGAGAGAGGUGGGUGAAGAGCUGAUCAGAAUGAAUUUUCAGGAGCCAAGUCGGGCCCAGUCUCAGCAAGAUAUUCUCUCCCACGGCCCAGAUGGCGAGCGUUUCAGCAGUAGCAGUCGUGCUGAUGAAAGGGGAUCUUCACCCCUCUUUCAUCUCCCUGCGGAGUUCUUCCAUCCAGCUACAGCUAUUCCCCAGGCUAGCCCAGGGACAGAGGCUAUCAGAGAGGGGAGAGCAGUUUCCAGACUUACAUCACCUGCCUCUUGGGCCUCUCUCAGGUCCCCCGGGGCCAACAGCAGAGUGAUAGGAUCACAGCAUCCAUCCCAUAGUGACUCCUCUCUGGUCACCGGAAGCUCUGAGGGUAGUCUGCACGCAAAGUUGGAGGAAGGCCUGAGCUUCAGUGUCUCCCCACCUCAAGAUAUGGCCCUGCCUUUGGUCUGUCCCCUCCCCAACAACCCUCACCCUUCCCCGGAACUUACCCAGCGAGGCCUUGUUUGCCCACCUCAGACUGUGUUUAACCUCCAGGCCACUAAGAGGCACCAGAGGAGUCAAAGCAGCUGUGGAGGUAGCACCAGCCCCGGAUGCAACAGGCAAGAUUCCAUGGACCCUUCUGAUGAGGAUACAGGAAUAGGGAUUGGAGGAGAAGGGUCUAGUCAGGCCUUUAACAGCGAACACUUGUCAGAAACCUUGAGCAGCCUCUCGCUAACCUCACUCCUCUGUCCUGGCUCACUGGCUCCGCCAGUGGUCAAAAAGUGUAACAGCACUGGGAGCCUUGACCAAGGGAGUCUAUCCAUGCAUGGUAAAGACGGACGACAGUUUUAUGGUAUGGACCCUCUUGGAUAUCUCUCAAACCCCUGCACUGAGGAGAGAGGAAGGGGGGGAGGGGACAAGGGGGUGACAGGUUUGGGUCUGAAAAGCUCCAGUCAGACAAUGGACGCUGGCUCUCGGAAGAACAGAUGA